CACAUCAAUACUAAGAACAUAUAUUCCUUUUAUUCAUCAUUAUAAUCAUGAAACAAUUACUCAAAAAGCACAAAAAAUUAUUUCUUUUAGGUUUUCUUGCUACCCUUUUACUCAUUGCUACUACAAUUGGUAUUAGCAUUGAUGCAAAAUCAUCUCAUCAACAAAAUCACAUUAAAAAUCCUAGACUCUCCCAUGAAACACAUGCUAUCCUCAAAUCCUCUUGUGGUUGUACACGAUUUCCCAAUCUUUGCUACACCGCCAUUGCCUUAUCUCCUUCCUUAAACCUUAAAAAAAUCUCCACCCAAAAGGAUGUAAUCGCGGCCUCCUUAAACCUCACUACUAAAGCUGUAGAGCAUAACUACUUUACGAUAGAAAAUCUUAUUAAAACUCAAAAAAACCUUACAUUUCGAGAGAAAAAUGCUCUGCAUGACUGUCUCGAGUCAAUCGAUGAAACCCUAGAUGAACUCAGAAGCACCUUAAUUGACCUUCUAAACUACCAGCAUUAUAACGAUAUUAAUAACAACAACAAUAAUAAUAAUAAAAAUAAUAAUAAUAAUAAUAAACGCGGUAAGUCUUUAAAGGAAUACGCGGAUGAUAUGAAGACACUUGUAUCAGCCGCUAUGACGGAUCAAGAAACAUGUUUAGAUGGAUUUUCUCAUAAUAAAGCUGAUAAGCACGUAAGGGAAGUGCUCAAAAGUGGGCAGGUACACGUAGAACGUAUGUGUAGUAACGCUUUGGCUAUGAUUAAAAACAUGACUGAUUUUGAUAUAGCGGCUGAAUUAUCAGCCAAUAAGAAAAGAAAAUUAAUUAAUGGUUAUAAUAAUGAUCAUAAAAAUAGUCCUAAUGAGUUUGGUGGUUGGCCAAUGUGGAUGUCUAGAGAGGACAAGAGAUUGCUACAAGAGGGUCAACCUAGGGCGGAUACGGUCGUGGCAGCAGACGGGAGCGGAGAUCACCGGACGAUUGCGGAGGCGGUGGCGGCCGCCCCCAACAAAAGUAAGAAAAGGUUUGUGAUUUUUAUUAAGGCAGGAGUAUACGAUGAAAUUGUAGAAGUUGGUAAGAAGAAAACGAAUUUAAUGUUUGUUGGAGAAGGGAGAACAAAGACUAUUAUUACUGGAAAGAGGAAUGUUGUUGAUGGCUUCACCACCUUCGAUUCAGCAACUGUCGCAAUCACCGGAGACGGAUUCUUAGCAAGAGACUUAACCAUCCAAAACACCGCAGGCCCAUCAAAACACCAAGCAGUAGCACUUCGUGUAGGGGCAGACUUAUCAGCAUUUUACGAAUGCGACAUUCUAGCUUACCAAGACACCCUUUACGUCCACAAAAAUCGACAAUUCUUCGUAAAAUGUCUUAUUACAGGAACCGUAGACUUCAUAUUUGGUAACGCAGCAGUUGUAUUCCAAGAUUGUGACAUCCAUGCACGUAAGCCUAAUCCAAAUCAAAAGAACAUGAUCACAGCACAAUCUCGAAUGGACCCAAACCAAAACACCGGAAUAGUGAUCCAAAAAUGUCGAAUCGGGGGCACGAUGGAUCUACAAGGUGCUAAAAAUAAUUAUGCAACGUAUCUAGGUAGACCAUGGCAAGAAUACUCUAGGACGGUAAUUAUGCAAUCUAGUAUAAGUGAUGUGGUUCAUCCGGCGGGUUGGCAUGAAUGGGAAGGUGAGUUUGGAUUGAAAACUUUGCAUUAUUUGGAGUAUGAUAAUAGUGGGCCAGGAUCUGAUACGUCGAAACGAGUACAAUGGGAUGGUGUACGAGUUAUUAGUCAACAGUCUGAGGCUUUAAAGUUUACUCCUGGGGAUUUUAUUUCUGGUGGUAGUUGGUUAGCUUCUACUACCUUCCCUUUUGCUCUUGGUCUUUAAAUGUAUUCCGUAUAAGUCAGGGUCCGGGGAUGAGAAUAAUGGUUAUAUCACACAUUCACGCUUGUGCUCCCUUCAAGGAGUGGACAGGGAGAAAUGGGAGAAAUUUGUUUUUUUUGUUUUCCGUAUGAUAUUUUAAUUUUGCGCAUGAUGUUUUAAUUUAAUUUUAUGUUUUAUCACCCUUUUAAAGAGGAUAGUGAUGGAUUGAAUAAGGUUUCUUGUAAAAAUUAAAAUUAUUUAAUAAUUAAUUAAUUUUGCGUCUGA